AUGAGUCAGGAGACGGUCAACCCCAAGGCCUACCCGCUGGCGGACUCGCAGCUGACGAUAACGAUCCUCGACCUCGUCCAGCAGGCCGCCAACUACAAGCAGCUCAAGAAGGGCGCCAACGAAGCGACCAAGACUCUCAACAGGGGAAUAUCGGAGUUCGUGGUGAUGGCAGCUGACACGGAGCCGCUCGAAAUCCUCCUCCACCUCCCGUUGCUUGCGGAGGACAAGAAUGUGCCAUAUGUCUUUGUCCCUUCAAAGCAAGCCCUUGGGCGUGCUUGUGGAGUUACCAGGCCGGUCAUUGCUUGUUCAGUGACCAGCAACGAGGGUAGCCAGCUGAAACAGCCCAUUCAGAGUCUUAAGGAUGCUAUCGAGAAGCUUCUCAUAUGA